GAGAGACAGUGUUUGACAGAGAGACAGAGCUGGGGAACACCGAGAGAGACAGAGUCAGCCCUUUGUAACGGCUGCGGUUUCCUGGUAGUGCCUGGAUCGUCCAAACCUGCCAAGACGCCGCGUGCAGUACUGCGAGUGAAAAAUGCGCCUCCGAGAGCGCCGAAAGCAGCGCCCAGCUCCGACCUGGCCCCAGGCGCAUUUCCCAUCGAGAGGUCACAGAGUCGGAUCAGCCUGUCCGCUUCUUUCGAAGCGCUGGCUAUCUACUUUCCGUGUAUGAACUCCUUCGAUGAGGACGAUGCUGAUGGUGAUGGCCGUAAACUACGAGGUGCAAUCCAGCGCAGCACGGAGACAGGACUUGCUGUGGAGAUGCCAAGCAGGACUGUUCGCCAAGCCAGCCAUGAGUCCAUUGAAGAAAGCAUGAAUAGCUAUGGCUCUGAAGGGAACUUGAACUAUAGCGGAGUUUGCCUGGCAUCUGAUGGGCUCUUCAGGGAUUUCCUGGAUGGAAUGGGUCCAGCACAGUUUGUGGGUCGUCAGACACUGGCCACACCAUCGAUGGGUGAUGUGGAAAUUGGGAUUUUGGAGAGGAACGGACAGCUCGAGGUGGAGGUGAUUCAAGCUCGUGGCCUCACCCCGAAACCAGGCACAAAGUCUCCUCCAGCUGCUUACAUUAAACUCUACCUGUUGGAGAAUGGAACGUGUGUGGCGAAAAAGAAAACGAAGAUGGCUCGGAAAUCUCUGGAUCCCCUGUAUCAGCAAAUCCUGAUCUUCACUGAGAAUCCACAGGGAAAGAUCCUACAGGUGAUUGUGUGGGGUAACUAUGGCCGGAUGGAUCGCAAAUACUUCAUGGGGGUGGCUCAAGUGCUGCUGGAGGAGUUGGAUCUUUCGAGUGCAGCAGUUGGAUGGUACAAGCUCUUUCCCACCUGCUCCAUGGUGGACCCACCCCUGGCUCCUCUCCUGCGUAACGCCUCACAGCUUUCCCUGGAGAGCACAGUGGGACCCUGCUGCGACCGGUCAUAACAGCGGUGGAACCUUUCUCAUUCUUUAUUUAGUGCCGAGCUUUCGGGCUGUGCGGGGGGCCCCCUAGAGGGAGGUGGGUGUCCUUCCACAAGAUGCAUGUUUGACUCGGUCAUUCCACCUUGGGAGCCUCUUUUGGCCAAAGGGUGAUUGAGUCCCUGGCAAUAGCAUCAAAGAGGGGAGGAGGUAAAUAUGGCACCUUUGUGUCUGGCACUGUCCCUGUGAAGGAUGGUGGUAGUUUCAUUGUUUCAUGUGGCCGUUGUCUAAAUCCACAACGUUUUUUUUUAAAAAAGUAGACUUAAUUACUUCACCAUCUAGUCAAUGUGCCAAGUGGAUUUCUCCAACCACAGUUUACAAUCCUACUGAUAGUUCCUUAGACUUUUACAGUGGCAGGCAAAGCCACAACCAUUUGAAAGGCCCACCUCUUUAGAAUGCAAGCAAUGUGCUUUGACAGCUUUGGAAAGUGAGGUUGUUAUAGUGUGGAUAGGCCACUGCAGACUCUGAGCCUUUUCUGUGCUGAAUGAGUCGACGACCACCAAAAUUAAAAAUGGAAAGCUGGUUUUAAAACUUGACGCCUAUUUAUGAGCUCCACUCAUCAACGUAGUUUGGAGAUGUUGAUAGCUGUAGAACAAACGGGAUGUCUUAGGUCUUUAGUUCGAGAGAAAAUCUAUUAUGCCUGAGAACUGGAAGACCAAUUUCCCUGGCGAGUUCUUUAUGAACACAACGCUGGGUCGAGGUUGUACUUUAGUUAUGUUACCACAUGCUUCCCACAUACUCUAUAUAAACAGUUUGCUAUCAUUAGAGUCUACAUCAAUAAAUAUUUUAAAUGUAGUUCUCAGUGCUGCUUUAAUUUAUUACACCAAUUAUUGCACUGUUUUUUUGAGAAAAAAAAUCAAUGAAUAGCAGUACUAUUUUUGGCAAUAAUUGUCUCGCAAGGUGUGGAAUAUUGUGUCAACAUUCAAUGUCGUUCAUGGAUUAGGAUCAGUUUAAUGGAUGUGAAUUAGGAGCAGCAGUUUAUUUGAAGAAAGAUUGUGAGAGGAUGUGAAGAGAGUUUGCACACGAUGGAGUUGGGAAAGCAGCGCAAGGAUGUGUAUUGAAUAUUUUGUAAAAUAACUCCAAUUCUAUUUAAUUAAAAAUAAUUUGAAACUUUUAAGACAUUCUCCAUGUAUCAAGAGAGGAUGCAAUAGUUGUAGGUUGCAGCAUGCAAGCAUAGUAUUUUAGACUAAGAAUUUUGGAUUUAGCAUGGAGCAAGUGUGUUCAGAACUGUACCAGCUUUGUCCUAAUAAAUGAAAACAAAUGGUUGGCAAGCUGAAGUUGGGAGGGAGAUCUUCAGUUUAAUUGAAGAAUUCUCAUGAUAACUUCUCUUCGUAUUCCAAAUUAAAUCUUGCUUUUAAUCUAUCAGAAAAAAAUCGAUGUUUAAUCACAAUCUUCAGCCUUUAAAUCACUGGCUAUUCUUAAACUCUCAAUCAGUUUUUUUUAUUGCUGCCUAUUAAAUUAAACCUAGUUCUAAAUGCAUCAAAUCAGCACUUUCUUUGUGUGGUUUCCAAAUACACUAGAUUGAGUUGGAAUAAUUGCCCGUAUUAAAAUAGGAAAACCCAAAAUUAAUUUUUGUUAACUUAUGAUACAGAAGGAUUUGUCAAUGACAUUGUAAGGAAUUAAUUCCUUCAAAGCACUAAAUUAAGAACAGAAUUAUCACAGACCAUUCCCUUCCAACUAGCACUGACUUUUUUAAUUGAUGGAACAGUUCUGUUUCACACAACUGUAGUUAUGUAGUUACAAUCCCUACUAUCAUGUUAUUCUUUAUUAGAAAAGAAAUUCUUCAUAUUUAACCCAGAUUUUCUACCUUAGAAUAAUCAUACAGCAACUUUUGGAAGAAAAUUGGCAUUUUUUUUAAUGGUACUGGAAGAUAAGGUUGUGACAUCUUCUAGGCUUAUUGAUAAAGAGACUUAGUGAAGGAAAUCUCAUGUUUACUGGUUGCUGUUACAAUAGGUUUAAGUAUUAACCAUUAGAUUAACUUGAUGAGGAGUUAGUUCUCUGCAUGCUUGGGUGUUAAAGCUGUGGUGACUUGAAAGUCAAAACGCGUUUCUAAAUUCUGACACAACUACUUCUACACUAGUCAGUAGUUACUAAAACCUGUAGAUACAGCAGAUGUAGCAGCUUAGGAACAGGCUGUACUCAGCCACAUAGCAAUUCAAUAUGUUGGAAAAUAUGAGAAAAUGUAUUGAAAAAGUAGCCUUAUUGUAGACAUUAGUAAUAAAUAAGAAGAACAGGGUUCAAAAUUACUGCAAAACUACAAGCAGUUUUGAGUUAUAACUAUAGAACAAUUGAUAAUGUGAGCAUACAGAAACAAAACUCCUAUCUAGGUGAUUAUUAUUAUGGAUACAUUUUCCUUGAUUGCUUUAAUCUAUGAAAGCCUGCUAGUGGUUUAAUUUAAUAUAUGUAUAAAACUAACUUUGAACUUUUAAAACUGUUUUAAACCUUUAGAGUUGUGCACUGUAAGGACCUUUCUCGAGUGAGCUGUGUUGCACUUGGUUAUGGAGCUCUCUCAUCAGAGAAGGUUAGAGAAUGACUUUUGUUGCUAUGUUUAUCCUGAUAAUCAUUCCGAUUUGUAAAAAUGCACAUUUAUCCAAGAGAGGUGGAUGUCGCUGGCUGGCCCAGCAUUUAUUGCCUAUCCACAAUUGCCCUUGAGAGGGUGGUGAUGAGCUGCUUGCUUGAAACACUGUAGACCGUGUGCUGGUAGAUAAACCCAUAAUGUAAUCAGGGAAUGCUGAAAUGUUGACGGGUGACAGUGAAGGAACGGCGUUAUAUUUCCCAGUCAGGAUGGUGAGUGGCUUGGAGGGGAGCGUGCAGGUGGUGGUGUUCCCAUGUAUUUGUUACCCUUGUCCUUCUAGAUGGAAGUGAUAAUUGGUUCAGAAGAUACCGUCUAAGGAACCUUGGUCAGAUUCUGUAGUGCAUCUUACAGAUUGUACACAUUGCAGUGUGUUUUUUGUUUUGCAAGGAUAUGUUAUUCAUAAAAAUAUCUUUGUAUACACGCAUAGUCACUGAAGCAGUUCGGUUCUGUGCAGUAGUAUGUGAAGAAACAAACAUUGGAGUUUGACUCAAUCCAGAAAACAAACCAAAGGCAUUUCUGACUUGUACAAAAUAUAUUUACAUACAUUCGAAGCAUCGGGAGGGUCCGAUAACUGAACAGACCCCCAUUUAACUUUGGCAGAAAGAUGUUAGUCGGUGGUCUUUCCCCACUGCACCUUGGCAGCAGCUGCUCCCACAGCUUUAGUGCAUCCCUCAGCAUGUAGUCCUGCAGCUUGGAAUGUGCCAGUCUGCAGCACUCAGCCAGGGGCAGCUCCUUGUUUAGGAAGGCAGACCAAAGAGUGUCUUCCACGGAGUUGAUGGUCCUCCAGGUGCUGUCAGUGUUUGUCUCAAUGUGCGUCCCAGGGAACAGGCCAUAGAGCACAGAGUGCCGCAUCACAGAGCUGCUAGAGAUGAACCUUGACAAAAAUCACUGCAUCUCUCCCCAGGCUUUCUUCACAAAGGCACAUUCCAGCAGGAGGUGUGUGUAACAGUCUCUACGCCCCUGUAGCCACUUUGAGGGCAGUGUGUCGUGGUGCAGACUGAUGAGCGUACAUGAACAGUCUCACAGGUAGUGCCCUAAACACUACACUUAGAGAGUUGGUGGUGAAAGGAGCGAUUGUUGAAUGUGGUCGAUCUGGUGCCAAUCUUGUGGGUUGCUUUGUCCUGAAUGGUGUCACACUUCUUAAAUAUUAUUACUGCAUGUUAAAUCAGAAAAUUUGUUUCAAAAGACAUUUCGUUCCAUAUAAGGUUUGGGAGAAUAAUUAGAAAGUCUCACAUGCCUAGUGCUUUACUAUGUGUUCAAAGCAGUGGUGAGUGUGAGAGCACUGGCAGCAAAUGCUAAGCAUGACAUAAUAUAUCUUUAAUGUAAGGUAUAUUUUUAUGAAUAAAGUACGCUUUCAAAAUAAAAAAAAACACUGCAGUGUGUACGAUCUACAUGAUGCACUACAGAAUCUGAGCAAGGCUCCUUAGAUGGUAUCUUCCAAAGCUUUAAGUGUAAGGUAUUACAAUUAAGAGAGGAAAAUUGGGUGCGCAGUAUUGCAUACAGAGUACAGACCUCACUGUCUUGCCUUCAGUUUUUCAUUUUAAAAGCCUUUAGUAUGAUAAAACUUAGCAGCGGAAGCAGAUUGAGUCUGCUCUGCCAUUGACUGAGAUCUGUCCAACUAAUGCUGUCUUAAAAAGUGGACAAUGUCCACUCCGAAAAGGGAGAUGAAAAAUAGGUUGUUUAAAAUGUUAUUAAAGUGUUAUGUACAUGUUGCCAAAACAAAGAAUGCAAGAAUGCCAUUACCUACUCCCAAUUCCUCUGCCUCCACCACAUCUGCUCCUGAGAUGAGGCAUUCCACUCUCGAACAUCACAGAUGUCCUUGUUUAUCAAGGACCCGCAAUUUCCCCUCCACAGUGGUCAAAAACACCCUUGACCGCAUCUCUCAGAUUUCCCGCAACUCAUCUCUCACACCCCGUCCCCGCAAUAACAACCAAAAGAGAAUCCCCCUAGUCCUCAUGUACCACCCCACCAACCUCCGGAUCCAACGCAUCAUCCUCCGGCACUUCUGCCAUCUGCAAUCCGACCCCGCUAUCAAGGAAAUUUUUCCCUCCCCACCCUUAUCUGCCUUGUGGAGAGACCAAUCUUUCCACGACUCCUUUGUCCACUCCACACUCCCCACCAGCUGUUCACCACCGGCACUUUUCCCUGCAACCGCAGGAAGUGCUACACUUGCCCCCACACCUCCUCCCUCACCCCCAUCCCAGGCCCCAAGAAAACCUUCCACAUUAAACAGAUCUUCACCUGCACAUCUGCCAAUGUGGUAUACUGUAUCCGCUGUUUCCAAUGUGGCUUCCUCUACAUCGGUGAGACCAAGUGGAGGCUUGGAGACUGCUUUGCAGAACACCUCUGCUCGGAUCGUGACAAACGACUGCACUCCCAGUCGCGAACCACUUCAACUCCCCCUCCCACUCCUUGCAUGACAUGCCCAUCCUGGGCCUCGUCCAGUGCCACAACGAUGCCACCCGAAGGUUGCAGGAGCAGAAACUCAUAUUCCACUUGGGCACCCUGCAGCCCAAUGGUCUCAAUGUGGACUUCACAAGCUUCAAAAUCUCCCCUUCCCCCACCGCAUCCCAAAACCAGCCCAGCUUGUCCCUGCCUCCUUGACUGCCCGUCUUUUCUCCCAACUAUCCGUUCCUCCCACCUCACUGGACAACUCCCACCCUCAGCUCCUACCUACCAGUCUCAUCCCCACAUCCUUGACCUGUCCAUCUUCCCUUGACUGACCAACCUCCAUCCUAACUCCCCACCUACACUCACCUUUACUGGCUCCAUCCCUGCGUUCUUGACCUGUCCGUCUCCUCUCCACCUAUCUGCUCCUUUAUCUAUCUUCCAUCCACCUCCCCUCCUCUCUCUUUUUAUUUCAGAGUCCACUUCCCUUCCCCCAUUUCUGAAGAAGGGUCCAGACCCGAAACAUCAGCCUUCCUGCUCCUCUGAUGCUGCUUGGCUUGCAGUGCUCAUCCAGCUCUACGCCUUGUUAUCUCAGAUUCUCCAGCGUCAGCGUCCUGCUUGCCAAAUCGAAGCCUGUUUUCAGCAAUAUACACAUUCUGAAAUAGAGUCGUAAAGCUGUACAGCAAGGAAACAGGCCCGUCAGCCCAACUCAUUCAUGCUGACCAGGUUUCCUAAAUAAAUCUAAUCCCUUUUGCAAACAUUUGGCCCAUAUCCCUCUUAAACCCUUCCCUAUCAUAUACCCAUCCUGAUUCCUUUUUAAAUGAUAUAGUUGUACGAGUUUCUGUACUUGCUCUGGCUAUUCGUUCCAUACUUGCAAGUGAUUGUUUCCUAAUGGUUUUUCAAAGGCCCCAGCAGUUAUAGUACCCACUUAAUUUUAAACAUAAACGAAUGAAAGACCUUAAUAAUUGUUCUAACACGAAGCAGGAAAUAGGACCAGUGAAUACUUUUUUGUCUAUCACUUGUACACGUUUCACUUCAGAGCUUUGCAGUUUGGAAUUUCCUUUCUGGAACUGAAGUACUAUUUGGGGGAUGUG